GGCUCUACGCGAGCCCCUUUGCCUGCUGAUGUGAUUUAGGGGCUCUUACUUUGGCGAGGUUUCUUUUAGCGUUGCCUCUUAUAUUCUCCCCCUCCCUCCCUCCCUUCUUUUUCCUUUAAUACAGAAGAUGGAAUGGGUCUGAAACCUGGUAGGAGAAGCUGGGGCCAGAACUGAGAAUGAGGAAUGGAUCGCCAUCAACAAAGGCUUCAAGGGGCGCACGUUUCCCUUGUGGAAGAAGCUCAUUUGUCUCCAGCACCCUCGGAAAGGGAACCCCAAUAUGUAAAGAGCCAAGGAAAACAGGAGAGCCAGCAAUGGUCGGAAGGAUACUUAAAAGCCAGAGAGGAACUGGAUUGGGAGGAGGCUUCCAGUAGUAGCUCAGUGGUCUUUAUUGAGGAGCAGGGAGAGGUGUUCAGAAACAGCAUCGAAGAUGCAUCCGAUUUAGAUGACUUUGAGGAGACCACGGAGGACCCCAUCGCUGAGAGAUCCCUUGUGGAGGGACCAGAGGUAAUCCUUUAUCCAAAGGGGCCUCCGGCAGCUGCUGGAUUUGCUACUGAGGACUGUGAGAAAAUUGCUUAUCAUGGUGAAGGCUGUGGUGAUGCCGAACUGAUCCUUUGUCCUGAGGUAUCUCUGGGGGGAGAGGAGUCAGAGGAGGACGAAGCUGAGGACAUCGGUUAUGUGGGUGGAACGCCAGCAGAGAAAAUGCCCGUUGGGGUGGAAGGGAAUAUAUCUGAUGAGGAAGCGGUUGUUGAGUGGACAAUGCCUGUGGCGGAGCUGGUUGCCAAGGAACGGCCUUCGAAGCCGCGCCACAUCUGCAGCGAAUGUGGCCGGAGCUUGGCCAGUCAUUCGGCCCUUGUCCGUCAUUGCCUCAUCCACACUGGAGAGCUCCCUUACACUUGCACAGAGUGUGGACGCCGCUUCCGACAAUCCUCAGCCCUCGUUCGCCACCUUCGGGCCCAUCGGGGUGAGCGUCCCUAUGUUUGCAGCGAGUGUGGCAAAGCCUUUGGGGUGAGAUCAGCGCUAGUUCGGCAUCAGCGAGCCCUGCAUUCAAGUGAGAGGCCCUAUGUUUGCGGGGAAUGUGGUAAGGCCUACGCAGACCUUUCUAUCCUGACAAAGCAUCAACUGAUUCAUGUCAAUGGGCGGCCAUUUUCUUGUCCUGACUGUGGCCAGUCAUUUGGACAUCGCACCACCUUGACUCAACACCGGCGAAUCCACACAGAGGAGCGGCCAUACCGUUGCACGGAAUGCGGGCAGACCUUCCGUCAGAAUUCUGCCCUGGCUAAUCACCGCCAAGUCCAUUCUGGAAAGCGUCCAUUUUCUUGCCAGUUCUGCAGUAAAACCUUUGCUGGCCGGCCCACUCUAGUCCAGCAUCUCCGGACUCACACAGGGGAAAAGCCGUACAGUUGUCCAGAUUGUGGCCGUUGUUUCAGCACUAGCUCCAAUCUGCUGCAGCAUCGAAGGAACCACCUUGGUGAACGUCCCUUCGCCUGCUCCUUGUGCGGCCGCCGUUUUGCCCGGCGGCCUGACCUGGCUAGGCAUUAUGUUACCCAUGCUGAAGGCAGCGUCCGGCCUCACCGCUGCGGUGAAUGUGGGCGACGCUUUGUGGAAUUGACGGACCUGGAGCAGCACCAAGCCACGCACCGUGGGGAGCGGCCCUACGUCUGCAGUUACUGUGGCAAAUCUUUUACGGAGGCUGCCACGCUGGCUCGACAUCGCCGUUCGCACCUUCCAAUGACUCAGCAGGCUUACAAAUGCGAGGUGUGCGGGCAGACAUUUGGACAGAGCUCUGACCUUCUGGCACAUGGGCGAGUUCACAGUGGGGAACGCCCCUAUGCCUGUGCAGACUGUGGCAAGGCCUUUGGGCGCAGCUCAAAUUUGUCGCGGCAUCGGCGGGUACAUACCCAUGAGCGCCCAUAUGUCUGCGGGGACUGUGGGAAGAGCUAUACCCAAAGCACUCACCUUAUGGAGCAUCAGAGGCAACAUACUGGUGAACGGCCCUAUGAGUGUGCAGACUGUGGCCGCUCGUUUGGCAAGAAGGGGCACUUGGACUCCCAUCGGCGUGUGCACCGCCUCUUGCCGGAAUCCCAUGAAAGUGCAGAUGAGUCAUUGGUGGAAUGUCCUGAUUCGGGAACUCUGCUGAACCAGUGAACGAGUCUGGUGGUGCUCUGUAGGGAGGGGCCGUGGGUCAGUGGUGGAGCAUCUGCUUUGCAUGGGAAAGGUCCCAGGUUCAAUCCAGGGCACUGCAAGUUAAAAGAAUCGGGUAAUAGGUGAUAUGAAAGACAAUACUGACCUCAAUGAUUCAGCAUGAUUCAGUAUAAGGCAGCUUCACGUGGGGUCAUGUAUGUGAGUGAGCAAGGUUUAAUUUGAGCAUGACUCACCAAGGCUUAGCACCACAGUUUGUUUCUAACAUCUCUAGAAUAAUGAUAAAGUACAUGUUUGGGCAUUCUUUUUGUCAGGUAUCCACAGGCUCAUGUGAUCCCCUGAACCACUCACAUUAGAAACUUUACCUGCUUGAUAAGAAUGCUUUGGAAUUAUACAGUCUAACUGGUAUUUGGCGAGAGGCUAUUGGUUCCAAGGACAGAAUUCUCCGCACUCUAGAAUUAAACUACCCCCUUCACAAUGGGGGUUCAAAUACAAAGGACUUGGCUCUCAGGUCAUACUGUCUGUUCUAGACACCUAGUUCUGCUCUCUUCCCAGAGCAAGAAAAGGCAAAUUCCCCAGACAAGCUCUCAUGCUCUCCUCUCCUCUUUCUGUUCCGUUCUAUUGCGUCAUUCCCCUCCCCAAAUUCAGAGAGGAAUUGGCAGCCUUGGCUUUGAUCGUUGCCUUUUGAGAUGUCCAACUAUUAUCCCCGAUUCCAGUAUCAAAUUUUAGGAUGUUGGGUGUUGCUCAGCAAUCAGACUGCUGAUCUAAAAAGUUGCUUCAGGUUUUGUUGGAGACACUGAGGUUACAAUUGGGCCACGUGUGUCGUCUUACCUCACAUUCGCUGAGCUGCUGUGCUUUGGUUUGGUUCUGUAAAUACACCAAGAAUCACCACGUUAUAUAUUUAUUGGUGGUGGAAAGUGCUGUCACUUUCUUGUAGGGUUUUCGAGGCAAAAGACUUCAGAGGUGGUUUGGCAUGGCCUGUCUCUGCGUAGUGACCCUGGACUUCUUUGGUGGUCUCCUAUCCAAUUACUAACUAGGCCAACCCUGCUUAGCUUCUGAGAUCUGACAAGAUCGGGCUAGCCCGGUCCAUGCAGGUGAACAGCUGGAUUUGAGUCCAGUGGCAUCUUGGAGAUGAACAAGAUUUUCAGGGUCUAAGCUCUCAAGAGUCAGAGCUCCCUCCUUCUUCCCAUCAUGGCUACCCACCUAAAAGCAUCCAAGUGAAGGCGGACAUUUAUUAGUUUGGUAAUUUAUGUCCAUUACCAGUAAGGGAUUAAAAAAAAAAGUUAAGUGGAUGUUGAGGGAGGCAGUUAAAAAUAUGCAGCAACAACCUUGCCUGGGCUAGGGGAUUAUGUUGAAGAUUUUACAGGAAAUCAGAGAAACAGGUUUCAUCCCUUUAGAACAUCAAUUUCUUCAUUUGUGUGUUGCCGGACUAUUGUUAGUGUGCUUGAUUGUGGUUAAAUAAUUAAAAGCUGCCGUGAGCCCGAAACAUGCCUUUUUAUAGAGGAAGUUUCCUGCUCCAACUCCUGCUUGUUUCUGGCCUGAUCUUCUUCCAGUUGGUCUCUGCUUGGAUCCGGUAAUUCCACCACAUCUCUGCAUCAGGUGAGAUUGGGUCCAUUCCUGAGGCAGAGGGCCCCCCAGAAAUUCCUGCCUCUGGGGGGUAAAUGUUGUAUUUCUGUACGUGUUACUGCUUGGGCCUUGCAAGCUCAAGAAAUGGGACUUGUGCAGAAUCCCCGUGGGAUGAGGCUCCGUUGGAUGUGGGGGAGUUCUUUUUCUUACAAUAAAUGAUUUCAGGUACAA